UUUGGCCCUGCCCGGGCGCCGUAGCUGAAAGGUUGGGCGGAUGUUGUGAGCCUGGACGAGGCCACCGAGGCUUCGGUCCCCAGGACCAUUGAGAGAUGAAGAAUGGCGUCCAAAGGGUCCGGCGUGUCUUUCUCCCGAAAAAGCUAUAGGCUGACCUCAGAUGCCAAGGUCACAGGUAUCGUGCAUGAGAAGCUGCUGAGUGACUACCUGCACCGUGUUUUCUCCUCUCCCGAUCAGCGGUCCCCCGCAGCCACCAGCAGGAAACCCCUGAACUUCCAGAACCUGCCAGAGCAUCUGGACCAGCUGCUGCAGGUCGACAACGCAGAUGAGGAAAGCCAGGGACAAGAUGAAGGGCGUCUUGGCCCAUCCACUGUGGUGCUGGACCACACGGGUGGCUUUGAGGGGCUUCUUCUGGUUGAUGAUGAUCUCCUCGGGGUGAUCGGACAUAGCAACUUUGGAACAAUCCGUUCCACGACCUGUGUGUACAAAGGAAAAUGGCUAUACGAGGUGCUCAUCUCCUCCCAGGGGCUCAUGCAGAUCGGCUGGUGUACCAUCAACUGCCGCUUCAAUCAGGAGGAGGGGGUUGGAGACACACACAACUCCUACGCCUAUGAUGGAAACCGGGUGCGCAAGUGGAACGUGACCACGACAAAUUAUGGCAAGGCAUGGGCUGCAGGGGACAUCGUGAGUUGCCUCAUCGACUUGGACGACGGUACCCUAUCCUUCUGCCUGAAUGGUGUGUCACUGGGUACUGCCUUUGAGAACCUGUCCAGGGGCCUAGGCAUGGCCUACUUCCCAGCCAUCAGUCUCUCAUUCAAGGAGUCCGUGGCCUUCAACUUCGGCAGCCGUCCCCUGCGCUACCCAGUGGCAGGCUACCGGCCCCUGCAAGACCCACCUCAGGCCGACCUGGUGCGGGCACAGAGGUUGCUUGGCUGCUUCCGGACAGUACUCACUGUGGAACUGGACCCUGUGGAAGGACGGCUGGUGGAGAAGGAGAGCUCUGAGUGGCAGUUGCAAGGCCAGCCCACCAUCCUUCUGACACUGGCCCACAUCUUUCACCGCUUUGCCCCCCUCCUGCGCAUGGUGUACCUGGUGGAGGCUGUGCUCAUGAGCUUCCUGCUGGCCGUCGUGGAGACAGGCACCCCCGCGAAGACCCAGUCCGUGGUGCAUCAAGUCCUGGAUCUCCUGUGGCUCUUCAUGGAGGAAUAUGAGGUGCAGGAUUGCCUCAAGCAGCUCAUGAUGUCCCUGCUGCGUCUCUACCGCUUCUCACCCAUCGUUCCAGACCUGAGUCUGCAGAUCCACUACCUGCGACUCACUAUCGCCAUCCUGAAGCAUGAGAAGUCCCGCAAGUUUCUGCUUAGCAAUGUCCUCUUCGACGUGCUCCGCUCUGUCGUCUUCUUUUACAUCAAGAGCCCGCUACGUGUGGAGGAGGCUGGCCUGCAGGAACUCAUCCCCACCACCUGGUGGCCGCACCGCUCCAGCAGGGAGGGCAAAGAUGGCAAGGAAGUAAAGGAGGAGACGGCGGAGGAGCGACUGAGGCGGAGGGCCUACGAGCGGGGCUGUCAGAGGCUCAAGAAGCGCAUCGAAGUGGUAGAAGAACUGCAGGUUCAGAUCCUGAAGCUCCUUCUGAACAAUAAGGACGACAAUGGGGGCGAAGCUUCCAGGUACAUCUUCCUGACCAAGUUCCGGAAGUUUCUGCAGGAAAACGCUAGUGGCCGAGGGAACAUGCCCAUGCUCUGCCCCCCUGAAUACAUGGUCUGCUUUUUGCACCGGCUGAUCUCUGCCCUGCGUUACUACUGGGAUGAAUACAAGGCUUCAAACCCCCGGGCAUCGUUUAGUGAGGAGGCUUACAUCCCACCUCAGAUCUUCUACAAUGGCAAAGUAGACUACUUUGAUCUGCAGCGCCUUGGGGGCCUUCUGUCACACCUUCGGAAAACCCUGAAAGAUGACCUGGCCUCCAAGGCCAACAUCCUUAUCGACCCACUGGAGCUCCAGGCCGCCACCAUGGACGACCUGGAUGAGGAUGAGGAUGGGGAGCUGGCCCCAGCUGCGGCCCAGCGCCCCAUGCAGGCCUUAGCCAUGGGGGGAGCACUGCCCCUGCCCCGGCCCGGCUGGCUCAGUUCCCCAACCCUGGGUCGAGCCAACCGCUUCCUCAGCACAGCGGCCAUGAGCCUCAUGACCCCACGGCGGCCCCUGAGCACCUCGGACAAAGUGAAGGUCCGCACGCUGAGCGCAGAGCAGAGGACCCGUGAGGACAUUGAGGGCAGCCCCUGGAACGAGGGUCUGCUGCUGGGACGGCUGCCCGAGGAGCCCGAGCAGCCCCUUACAGAGAACUCGCUGCUGGAAGUCCUCGACGGCGCCAUCAUGAUGUAUAAUCUCAGCGUCCACCAGCAGCUGGGCAAGAUGGUGGGCGUGUCUGAUGAUGUCAAUGAGUACGCGAUGGCUCUCAGGGACACAGAAGAUAAAAUCCGCCGGUGCCCCAAGUGGAGGAAGGACAUUCUUGCGGAGUUGACCAAGAGCCAGAAGGUUUUCUCAGAAAAGCUGGACCACUUGAGUCGCCGCCUCGCCUGGGUCCAUGCCACUCUCUACUCCCAGGAGAAGAUGCUGGAUAUCUACUGGCUGCUGCGUGUCUGCCUGCGGACCAUUGAGCAUGGGGACCGCACGGGCUCGCUCUUCGCCUUCAUGCCAGAGUUCUACCUGAGCGUGGCCAUCAACAGCUACAGUGCCCUCAAGAAUUAUUUUGGCCCCGUACACAGCAUGGAGGAGCUUCCAGGCUAUGAAGAGACCCUGACCCGCCUGGCCGCCAUCCUUGCCAAACACUUUGCUGACACUCGCAUCAUCGGCACUGACAUCCGUGACUCGCUGAUGCAGGCCCUGGCCAGCUACGUGUGCUACCCUCACUCCCUGCGGGCUGUGGAGCGGAUCCCUGAAGAGCAACGCAUCGCCAUGGUCAGGAACCUCCUAGCACCCUACGAGCAGCGGCCAUGGGCCCAGACCAACUGGAUCCUGGUGCGGCUCUGGAGGGGCUGUGGUUUCGGGUACCGCUACACACGGCUACCACACCUGCUCAAAACCAAGCCUGAGGAUGCCAAUCUGCCCAGCCUCCAGAAGCCCUGCCCCUCCACCCUCCUGCAGCAGCACAUGGCAGACCUGCUGCGGCAGGGUCCCGAUGUGGCGCCCAGCUUCCUCAACAGCGUCCUCAACCAGCUCAACUGGGCCUUCUCGGAGUUCAUCGGCAUGAUCCAGGAGAUCCAGCAGGCGGCUGAGCGCCUAGAGCGGAACUUUGUGGACAGCCGGCAGCUCAAGGUGUGUGCCACUUGCUUUGACCUCUCGGUCAGCCUGUUGCGUGUCCUGGAAAUGACCAUCACACUGGUGCCUGAGAUAUUCCUCGACUGGACCCGGCCUACCUCUGAGAUGCUGCUGCGGCGUCUGGCGCAGCUGCUGAACCAGGUGCUGAACCGGGUGACAGCUGAGAGGAACCUAUUUGACCGUGUGGUCACCCUUCGCCUGCCUGGUCUGGAGAGUGUGGACCACUACCCCAUCCUGGUGGCAGUGACGGGUAUCCUCGUGCAGCUCCUGGUGCACGGCCCAGCUUCAGGGAUAGAGAGAGCCACUUCAGUGCUGCUGGCUGAUCCCUGCUUCCAGCUCCGGUCUAUAUGCUAUCUCCUGGGGCAGUCGGAGCCACCAGCACCAGGCACUGCCCUGCCUGCUCCUGACCGGAAGCGCUUCUCCCUGCAGAGCUACACAGAUUACAUCAGUGCUGAGGAGCUGGCACAGGUGGGACAGAUGCUGGCCCACCUGACCUCUGCAUCUGCCCAGGCAGCAGCUGCCUCUCUGCCCACCAGUGAGGAAGAUCUCUGCCCCAUCUGCUAUGCCCACCCAAUCUCUGCUGUGUUCCAGCCCUGUGGCCACAAGUCUUGCAAAGCCUGCAUCAACCAGCACCUGAUGAAUAAUAAGGACUGCUUCUUCUGCAAAGCCACCAUUGUGUCUGUGGAGGACUGGGAGAAAUCAGCCACUGCGAGUAGUACAACCUCCUCAGCUGCCUAGACUCCUGGCCCACAGAGCUGCACCGUCCAAAACCCUACACCUUCAAACCCAGCCCCAGCUGGGCCCUAUUUAUGAACUUCUCUUGCCCUGUGCCCCAGGGUCCCCUGCCACAUCCAACCCUCAUCUUGCCUGUGUAGCCUCACUGGUGGGAGCCCAGCCAUGGCCCUAAUUGUGCCUGAGCUUGACAUUCAGUCAGGGCCACAGUGAACAUUAAAUUAUUAUUCCAUACA